UGGAUGAUAGCCGCGGCUUCGUGCUCGUCAUCUGCAUGAACGUUCUGCAGCCUGUCACAUGUGGCGGCAGAGAGGAAAUGGCGGCUGGCUUUACUUCUUUUACGUGUGCCACGCUUGUGUCCUGUGUCCAACAUGCACUAUGAUGUCUACUAGCUCAAUAAAUCCUCCGUCUUCUGCUCACCGCUAUUUGGGACAAACACUCCCUCUUUGUUCUCAAUUUGGAUGACGUGAUGGCAUUUCAUUCCUGGACGAUACACUUUCCUUUCAUACAGGGCUGUCCAAACCUUUUCCAUUUUGUAAGAAGUUAUCUCGAGUAUAUUUCAUCUCAGCUUCGUCAUGGAGGCGGAAAGGGGAUUUAUUUUCCAAAUAUUUCAACUUCUUCUUAAUUACUCUUAAAUCAUAUUUCCUUUUCGUAAUGUUCAGACUUUUUUCCCCCACAAUAUUUUGACGUUACUCCCAUAAUUUUUUACUUUCCCCCCAGCUUAAUUCUCCCAAAAUUACAACUUUAUUGACGACUUAAUUUUUUUUUUAAAACAUGUUUCAUCUCGAUGCGCCUUAAAAGUUGUAUGCUAUUAUUUGUCCUUAUAAUAUUAAGUUUAUAAUUUUUAAAAAAUAUUUCCAUAAUAUUUUAAGUUCAUUCUCGUAACAUUAUACAUUUUCUACAACCUAAUUUCCCCCAAAAAUACUACUUUAUUUACAGCUUUAAAAAAAGAAUGCAUUUUUUGUUUAUAUUUCACAUCUACGUGACUAAAAUGAGGUUAUAUUUCCUCAUAAUGUCACAAGUUCAUUGUCAUACAAUUGUAAUUUUUUUUUGAUAAAAUGCGACUUUUUUGUCUUAAUAUUUAGAUUUUAUUCUUGUAAAAUUAAGGCUUUUUUUUUAGCUUUUUUAUUUGCCAACAAUUCCAACUUGCGUCUUGUAUAUUUUCUCCUCAUAAUUGUGAGAGUUAUUCCACUUUAUUGCCAUAAUGUAAUACUUUACAUAAUAAUACUUUAUCUUCAUUACCUUAUACAUUUUGCGCAACCUAAUUUUCCAAAAAUUACAACAUUGUUUAUGACUUUUUUUUUUAAAUUACGUGUUUUUUUCUUGAAUAUUUCAACUCUGUGCUACUAAAAUGACAUUCUUUUCCUUAUAAUAUUACAAGAUUAUUCUUGUAAUAUUGUAACUUUUUUUGAAAAAUGCAACUUUUUUUCCUUAAUAUUUGGACUUUAUUCUCCUAAAAUUACAGCUGUUUUUCAAUUACUGAUGUUGCUGUUGUUUUUUUUCAAUUAUUUUUUCUUUUUGUAAAUGCCAUCCAUCCAUCCACUUUCCUCCGCUUAUCCGGGUCCAGGUCGCGGGGCAGCAGUCUCAGUAGGGAAGUCCAGACUUCCCGGUCCCCGACCACCUCCUCCAGCUCCACCGGGAGGACAACAGGGCGUUCCCAGGCCAGCUGUGAGACAUAAUCCCUCCAGCGUGUCCUAGGUCUGCCCGGUGGCCUUCUCCUGGCUGGGCAUGCCCGAAACGCCUCACCAGGGAGGCGUCCGGGAGGCAAUCAGACUAGAUGCCCGAGCCACCUCAGCUGGCUCCUCUCCAUGUGAAGGAGCAGCGGCUCUACUCUGAGCUCCUCCCGGAUGACUGAGCUCCUCACCCUGUCUCUUAGGGUGAGUCCAGCCACCCUACGGAGGAAACUCAUUUCGGUCGCUUGUAUCCGCGAUCUCGUUCUUUCGGUCACGACCCAAAGCUCAUGACCAUAGGUGAGGGUGGGAACAUAGAUCGAACGGUAAAUUGAGAGCUUAGGGGGCUAUUAAUAAGCCCACACCAGCUCGCCGCCUCACCCUGCAGCAACUCCAGAGUACAACAAGGUCCAGCCCCUCUGGGGGAGUUUGGUUCCAGAACCCAAACUGUGGGUCUAGGUGAGUCAGACGAUGACUAGUUGGAAUGUCUCAACCUCUUUUGCAUGUUUGGGCUCCUUCCCCACCACAGCAGUGACAUUCCAUGUUCCAAGGACCAGGUCACCCAGGUGCCCGCCCUCAACCGCCGCCCAAAACACAUAGCACCGGACACAUAUGCUUGUCCCCGCAUGUGGUGGGUCUACAGGGGGGAGAUCCCGUGUAUCUUACGUCCGGGCGAGGUGAGGUCCCUCUUCUUGUUUGUUGUGUUUAUUCAUAAGGUCUUCUGAAUCACUCUUGGUCUGGCCCGUCACCCAGGACCUGUUUGCCUUGGGAGACCCUACCAGGGGUCCACAUAGCCCCAGACCACAUAGCUCCUAGGAUCACUCGGGCACUCAAACCCCUCCACCACGGUAAGGUGGUGAUUCACGGAGGGGUAAUUAUGACAUUAUUCCCGUAAUAUUUUAACUUUGUCCUCGUCACAUUACGCAUUUUUAAAAACAUCAUUUUUCAAAAAGCACAAAAAAAAACAAAAACGUAUUUUUUCCUGAAUAUUUCAACUCUACGCUACUAAAAUGAAAUUAUAUUCCCUCAUAAUGUUUAUUGUCAUACAAUUGUAACUUUGUUUUUGUUCAAAUGUGACUUUUUUUGUCUUAAUAUUUUGAUUUCUUCCAUCCAUCCAUCUUCUUCCGCUUAUCCGAGGUCGUCCAGCUCCUCCCGGCGGAUCCCGAGGCGUUCCCAGGCCAGUUGAGAGACAUAGUCUCUGUAACGUGUCCUGGGUCUUCUCCGAGGCCUCCUACCCUGAACAUCUCCCCAGGGAGGUGUCCAGGGGGCAGCCUGACCAGAUGACCGAGCCACUUCAUCUGGCUCCUCCUGUGGUUCUGCUCCAAGUUUCUCCCGCAUGACAGUGCUUCUCACCUUAUCUCUAAGGGAGAGCCCAGCCACCCUACAGAGAAAACUCAUUUCACCGCUUGUACCCGCCAUCUUGUCCUUUCGGUCACUACCCAAAGGUCAUGACCAUAGGUGAGGGUAGGAACGGAGAUGACCGGUAAAUUGAGAGCUUUGCCUUUGGGUUCGGCCCCCUCUUCACCACGACGGACCGAUGCAGAGUCCGCAUCACUGCAGACGCCGCACCAAUUCGCCUGUCCAUCUUGCAUUCCAUCCUUCCCUCACUUAAUUUUAUUGACAAUUUUUGAUUUUUCAUCUUUGCUGUUUUCUUGUUCAAUUAAAUUUUAAGAAUGCGCUGAGGGCCAAUUAAAAAACUAAAACAGCCACGGGCCGCACUUUGGACACCCCUGUUUGAAUAUUCGUAAUGUUAGCCCCUAGAACCUGGUCGUGAGCACUAGAAACGCUCCUUUUUGAAGUUGAGGCUUCGCAACACAUCUUAAAAUGCAGGCCGGAGCUCUGCCAACUGUCAGUCGGCUACAGAUGUGGGCGCUGUAAGUUUGAGCAUGUCGGUUUUCUUCAGCGAAUAGGCUAACCUAGCAUGGUGUUGAUGUGAAAAUGCGAUGUUAGCACUUUAGCAUCACAUAGCUAUGCUAGUGUUCACGUUUGUGUUGUCCCAGUCCUUUAUUUAGAAGUGCAUUGUUAAAUGAGCAUCUUACUAUUCUUGCAGCAAAUGGGUUGAAUGUGGAAAAGUUGCCACAAUAUGUCAUGGUAUUGAAUACGUCAAUACAACCUGUCUACCAGACUCCUUUUAAAAUGCCUCUAAAUGUGCGUAAACCGUCCCCGAAUAGCUUCGUCAAGUACCGUACGGCUAUUUUUGCGGCAGUGGGCGUUCUCUGGGAGUGUUACUUGUGAUUCGGCGCGCAUGUGUGGCGCGAAGCUGCCCGCUGGCAAGCCGUCGUCUUUGAUUGAAGCCGCUGCCCACAAAGUGCGCAAACUGAGGAAGCGCCUGGCAACACGCUGCUGGAGCUUGACGCUGCAGCGCCAACGCACGCCGCCUGCAUCUGCACCAACGCGUCGCCUGGGCCAGGGACAGACGUGCAUCAUGGGAUGCGGCACAGCAUUCCAACACAAACCCUGAGCUGCCUGCAGGACACUCCUCCGGCUGUGGAUGAUGGAUAGUUUAUGAUCAGGAUUAUUAUUAUUAUUAUUAUUAUUAUUAUUAUUAUUAUUAUUAUUAUUAUUAUUAUUGUUAUUAUAAGUGCAAAGAGCAAGGAGAGCCGCUGCCAACGCUGACCUUCGGGGCAUCAUCUGAAUGGAAACAUGGACACCUUCAAUGGAGGGACUUUGACUCAUCAUGUCCAGCAAUUAUGAGCAGCAGCAUCCUGGUCACUCAGUAGGGAUGUUGGCCGCCGUGGAACAUGGUCCCAUCCUGUGCAGCGACUCCAACAUCCUGUGCCUGUCGUGGAAGGGCCGCGUGCCCAAGAGCGAGAAGGACAAGCCGGUGUGCCGCCGCCGCUACUACGAGGAGGGCUGGCUGGCCACGGGCAACGGGAGGGGCGUGGUGGGCGUGACCUUCACGUCCAGCCACUGCAGGAGGGACAGGAGCACGCCGCAGAGGAUCAACUUUAACCUGCGAGGCCACAACAGCGAGGUGGUGUUGGUCCGCUGGAACGAACCCUUCCAGAAACUGGCCACAUGCGACAUGGAAGGAGGAAUCUUUGUGUGGAUUCAGUACGAAGGAAGGUGGUCGGUGGAGUUGGUUAACGACAGAGGAGCUCAAGUGAGCGACUUCACGUGGUCCCAUGAUGGCACUCAGGCGCUCAUCGCCUACAGGGACGGAUUCGUGCUGGUGGGCUCGGUCAGCGGGCAGCGCCACUGGUCCUCAGAGAUAAACCUGGAGAGUCAGAUCACCUGCGGCAUCUGGACGCCCGAUGACCAGCAGGUGCUGUUCGGUACCGCAGACGGUCAGGUGAUCGUGAUGGACUGUCACGGACGCAUGCUGGCACACGUGCUGCUGCACGAGUCCGACGGCAUCGUGGGGAUGUCCUGGAACUGCCCGGACUUCCUGGUGGAGGACAGCACGGAGAGCGACACCGACUCUGACGACAACUUCCUGCCUUUAGUGCGGCGAGUCAAGCCGUUGCUGACAGUCACCUUCAUAUCGGGAGAAAUCAGCCUAAUGAGCAACUACGACGACCUUUCUCCAGCCGUCAUUCGCUCAGGGUUGAAAGACGUGGAGGCCCAGUGGUGCUCGCAGGGUGACCUCCUGGCCGUGGCCGGGAUGGAGAGGCACGGGCUGGCCUCCGACUCGGCCUGCGCCGCCAUGACCAGGAACGCCCUGGUUAAGUUCUACAACGUCCAAGGAGAACACAUCUACACUUUGGAGACGCCUGCGCAGAGGCCCAUCACGACUAUCUGCUGGGGUCACCGUGACUCGCGCCUGUUCCUGGCGUGCGGGCCGGCGCUGUACGUGGUGCGCGUGGAGCACCGUGUGGCCAGCCUGCAGCUGCUCUGCCAGCAGGGCAUCGCCAGCGCCCUGAGAGAGGAGAAGGACGUGGGCAAGCUGAACAUGCCCUCGCUGCUGUGCUCUUACGUCACCAGUGCUUUCAUCCCCACCAUCAAGCCUCCUAUUCCGGACCCCAACAAUAUCCGCGACUUUGUCAGCUAUCCAACGACCGGGAACGAGCGUCUCCACUGCACCAUGAAGCGGGCCGAAGACAGCCCCGAGGCGGGGGGCCCCUGCUACACCCUCUACUUGGAGUACUUGGGAGGACUGGUGCCCAUCCUCAAAGGGAGGCGCAUCAGUAAAUUACGACCUGAGUUUGUCAUCAUGGACCCCAAAACUGACAGCAAAGCAGAGGAGGUGUGCGUGAACCCGAUGAUCUCGUACGCUGACAGCUGCAACUGCUCCGACUCCAGCGACAUUGAGCUGAGCGACGAAUGGGUGGGAAAAAAAUCACCCAAGUUCUCCCGGGGAAACAGAAUGAACUUGGACUCAAGAAAAUCUCCGAAACUUUCACGCACGAACCAGGAGGGCCAGCGGUCGCCACGUCUGCCGACAAAGAAGCCUCCCGUUCGUUCCCCGAGCCUGACACGCCGAGAGUUUUCUAUGGAUGGACUCACCGAGCACAACUACCUCGCACAGGUCACAUCCAACAUCUGGGGGACAAAGUUCAAAAUUGUCGGACUUGCCUCGUUCCUUCCCGCCAAUCUGGGUGCAGUCAUCUACAAGACGAGUUUGCUUCAUUUGCAACCGAGGCAGAUGACGAUUUACCUCCCAGAGGUCCGCAAGAUAUCACAUGACUUCAUGAGCCUGCCCGUCUUCAACCCCAACGUGUUCAGCGAGGACGAGGAUGACUUACCAGUAAUGGGCUCGUCUGGAGUGUCAGGAGACAAUCCGCCGUGCACGGUCAACAUUCCCAUCGCGCCCAUCCACAGCCCGGCUCAGGCUAUGUCGCCCACUCAAAGCAUCGGGCUCGUCCAGUCUCUUCUGGCUAAUCAGAACAUUCAGCUCGAUGUCCUCACCAACCCGACGGCCAACGCGGCAGCGGCGGCGGCUGCAGCAGCUGCAGCAGCCUCAGUUCCUGUUUCUGACCACAGCCAGGAUCCAGUUGCUGCACCAUACCCAGUUCCAGCCAGAUACACAACACCUGGGCAAGUGAUCUUCAACGGGUUGGACAUGGGUCCACUUCUUCCUGGUACACUGCCUCCACCACCUCCACCUCACCAUCUCCCGCCGCAGCCCCGGUCUCAGCAGCCUCGGCAACCGCCAUCCAAGCAGUCGCAACCGUCGCAAGCCCAGCAUCAGCCUCAGAAGAUGCACCAUCACCACACACAGCUUCAACAGCUGCACCACCAGCAGCCUCCGCAUCAGCAGCAGCACCAAGUCCAGCAGCAUCAACAGAUGCAGCAAAAUCCACCACAGGCGGCAAGCCACCAGCUCCAGCAGCAACAGCAGCAGCAGCAAAUCCAGCAGCAGCAGCAGCAGAUGCAGCUGCAGCACGAGCAGAUGCAGCAACAGCAACAGCAGAUGCAACAGCAGCAGCAGCAAAUCCGCCAGCAGAUCCAGGAGAUGAGGCAGCAGCAGCAGCAGCUUCAGCAGCAGCACCAGCAGAUCCAGCAGCAGCACCAGCAAAUGCAGAGGCAGCACCAGCAGAUGCAGCAGCAGCUGAAGAUGCAGAUGACGCUACCGCCGCCCCCAUCCGGCUACCCGACCAUUUCUCUACAGCAGAUUCAUCUCCUUCCUCCGAUUCCCCCUCCUCCCACCACAGAUCCAGGACUGGAUCGAGAUCACGGGCACAUGCUGAAGCCGAGCCUGCCUCGGACCUUACCCCCUUCCUUCAGUACCAGAGAUGGAUCUGUGGAGAUCCAAGUGAGAAAGGUGAACCCACCUCCUCCAUACCCAGGCACCGUAGCGUCUGCUGCUGUGGCGGCGGCAGCGGCGGCCACAGCGGAGUCGACUGCCCAAACGCUUGUCACAAACUGUGACAGCCCAAACAUUUUGGCGCCUGAGGCCUGUCUGAAGAAAGACGACUUUCUUCUUCAGCCUGUAACCUUACAGUACCCGACACCUCUGGGUUAUGAAAGGAUCACCACCUUUGACAGCAGCGGAAAUGUGGAGGAGGUUUGUCGUCCUCGAAGGCGCCUCAUGCGUAACCAAAAUGCCUACGCGGGUCAUGGCUCGGCCACAUUGAAGGUCACCUCUUCUGAGAGUAAAAAGAUUCACCUUCCCUACAGCUCAGCAACACUUAGCCGUCUUUCAGUACCUCGGUACUCAAUACCAAGUGGAGACCCGCCCCCUUAUCCAGAUCCGGCCAAUCAGGUAGCUGCCACGCUGUCUCCUCCCCAGAGAAUGGAAAGCAGCCUGAUCCACGCCACUCUUCGCCGUGACCGUAGGGAUGUGACGCUCAAAGUUCCCCCAAUGAUGGACAGUUCGCGGACCCUUCCCACCAAAGCAAAGCUGAACAGUGUGUUAGGUGUAACAUACCAGCAGAGGGUGCCCACGGCGCUGUACACAUGCACACAGUGUAGCAGCAACAGCAGCAGCACCAGUGUCAGUGUGAGUGGCGGUGGGACGUCGAGUAGUGGCAUCGCAGGCGGCACGGUGGUGAGGCAAGACUUCCCUCCUGGUAAAGGCGCACACCACAGUACCAUUAUAGUGCACUCCAAAAGUGCCUCCCAGUCGUCUUACAGUCUGCUGGGUUCUGUUGAUAGCAGCCGGGAUCGAACCGUGUACGUUAACUCCGCCUUCACCGAGGAUGAGACUUUAAGUCAGCACUGUCACCUCGACAGAUCGGUCCGGCAGAUGACCCUCAGUGAUUUGGCAGCUAAACGCCCCCCACCUUACCAGUGGGACACCACGGCCACAGAUGAGUUCUGGCUAUCUCCAGAACAAACCAUGUUGACUCCCCCACAAGGACCUCAUAAACCCCCCUCUCUCAUCAUUGGCCAGGCGCAGCACUUGGAUGUGAGUCGACUUCCUUUCGUCCUUACGACCAAACCUCCAUCCAGUCCCAGCACGAGCACUCUGACGUUCCCGUCAGGCUACCAAAUAUCACUCUCUCCCUUCCCUCCAGGUAUGGGCCACAGUAGACCCCCACUUCAGACCUUACAGAACCCUCCGAGCGAAGUGGUUCUUCCCGUCCCAUUCGCUCAGCCGGACUCCAAUUUGGUUUUGUCAACAGGCUACUCCGCAAGCUUGGCUAACUUGGCGUGCUGCACCCUUCCCCCGAUGUACCCAGGAGCCAGCUCCUGUGCUGGACUUCAGCUGCACCCUGUCAACCUGCACCCCUGGAACCCGUACCCCUGCCCGCCCCCCAUGCAAGACCCUCCUGCGCCUCCCCUCCCGACCAAAACUCAUCAGGUAUUAGAGAAGCCUAUUCUCUCUCCACCCCCUCCAGCUGCACCACCUCCGCCACCACCUCUGCCUCCCCCGCCACCACCCACAGAGCUACCCCGCUCUAAAUGUGCCACAGGAGAUCUAGCAGAGUCUGCUAACAGCUUUCCAGAGCAGCCGUCCUUAAAUGAAAGCCCGCAGGAGUCGGACCGCUUUAACAAAAAAAGCCGAAAAAGACUGGACAGUCGAGCUGAGGAGGCCAACAUGUCCUCGGUUUCUGAGGGCAGGUCCAGAAAGGAAGGUCGCACACUUUCAGAUUUCAACUCUCUGAUUGCCAGCCCACGGCUUGGCAGCAGAGAGAAGAAGAAGCCUAAGGGCCCCAGAGAGCAGCUCAACAGAACCAAGAAGAUGAGCAGGGCAGCCAACGAGUUCCAGGACAGCUCGGAGAGCGAGCCGGAGCUCUUCAUCAGCGGCGACGAGCUCAUGAACCAGAACCAAAGCAGCAAGAAGAGCUGGAAGAACAAGCGGAGCCUGCGGAUGGCCAGCGAGCUGGAAGAGAUCAAGUGCCGCAAGGCCAACGAACGCGAGGACCGCAGUUUGGGCAGCCAAGGCUUUGUUUACGUCAUGGCCAACAAGCAGCCACUGUGGAACGAAGCCACCCAGGUCUACCAACUGGACUUUGGAGGACGCGUCACGCAGGAGUCUGCAAAGAAUUUCCAGAUAGAGCUGGACGGUCGACAGGUCAUGCAAUUCGGACGGAUCGACGGCAACGCCUACAUUCUGGAUUUCCAGUAUCCCUUCUCAGCGGUGCAGGCGUUUGCUGUUGCCUUGGCCAACGUGACUCAGCGGCUAAAGUGAAGAGUGUAUUUUUGCUUUUAACGUGAAGAUAAACACACCCGCCAUUUUGCUUUUUGUGUGCCGGCUCUCCUUUUCUGUCCAUUUGUCAUCGUGGAAAAAAACAAGUUACAUUUACAGAGGUGGGGGGAGUAAAUGCUCACUUAAUUAUCAAGCUUGAUCAAGACAUCAAAUAUUAUGUUAAUGAAAUGGUUUUAUUUUCAUAUUAAAUUCUCAAAUCCUGUUUGUUGUGUUGAAAAUGCAAAAGAAUUGCUAUGGGGAAUGUAUCUCAUGAGAGUUUGUUUAUUUUUUUUAGCCCAUAAAAUGGUGCAUACACACACUGUAGUCCUAUACAUACAGUAUAUUUUAUUUUGGCAAUAGUAUAACAUAUAUAGCAUAUUUGCACAUUGCAUCACAGGCAUUAUGACAUCUUAGUGUUCACUACAUGUUGUUGGCCAAACAGCAAAGUGGCUUGGUGGUGCUCGUGAUGCUACGAAAGACUUGAUGUUGAAGGUGUUGCUUGUGUUUCCUCCCUGGAAGUCAGUCAGUGCUGCUUUAAAUAGAAAGCUGUUGUGUAGGCCUACUACCUAACUGAUGUUGUGUGUACCCGCAAAAGAAAAGACUAGGCUGCUGCUUGUGCGAGGUGUGUGUGUUUUUAGUGGGUACUUCUUCACUUGUGCAUUGACACGGCAUACACAGAUUUACCAACGAUAACAAACGUAACUGUUAGAUCUGGUGCUAAUGUACAGCAAAGAAACACACAUGCUUCUUGUUACGUUGAUGACAUCACGUCAUUUGCAGAAAGAGAUUUCAUAAUUCAAUGUCAGCUUUACAGAGUUCAGUGACAGUGUGUGUGUGUGUGUGUGUGUGUGUGUGUGUGUGUGUGUGUGUGUGUAAUAAGCAAUAGCGCUUUACUAUAUCAUUCCUUUCCUGCUAUUUUGUGAAAAGCAACAAAUAUGAUGACGUGACCAUGGGCUGAUAUUUUACAUGGAUGGACCUACAGUAUAGGCUGGCCAAAAUGGAAUAAAAAUGACUUUAAAACUUC